CAAAGCAUUUCUCCCUUCAUUGGUGAGAUCACGUUCCAAUUGGUUUAGCAAACAAUUGUUUCCUUACUUCAGAAUCAAGAAAAGCUGAGAGAUGGGCACUAACCUUUCUUCUUGGGGUAUUAUCCUCUCUAUCCUUCUCCUUCUAAUGUGUGCUCAGGAGAUGGAAGGUCGUAGCCUUAGAUAUGAUCAUCAGCAGCUGCAACAGCCUACCAGUAGUGCCCUGGAUUGUCAUCAUUCAGCAUCCCACAACGAACACAUGGACCUAUCAAUGAACAUUUUCUUCAGGGUAGAUGACCUUAAGGCUGGGAAAACGAUGCCAAUAUGGUUCUCCAGCGUAGACAAGACAUCUGCCUCUCCUCUUCUCUCCAGAGAAGAAGCAGAUUCAGUUCCUUUCUCCUCAAAACAACUUCCUUACCUUCUCGACCUUUUCUCCUUUCCAAAAGACUCCCCACAAGCCGAGGCAAUGGAAUAUACACUCAGACAAUGCGAACAUGAACCCAUGAAAGGUGAAACCAAGUCAUGUCCUACAUCCCUUGAAUCCAUGCUUGAUUUUGCCCGAUCUGUCUUUGGCUCCCAUGUCCAUUACAAGGUUUUAACCACAAUUUUUGAGAAAGGAGCCCUUAUUCCAGCACAAAACUAUACAAUUUCUCAGGAACCUCAAGCCAUUCAUGCUCAAAAAAUCCUAGGAUGUCACAAGAUGCCUUAUCCUUAUGCAGUGUUCUAUUGCCAUUCACAGGAGAGUGACAACAGGCUGUAUGAGGUUUCAUUGGUGGGUGAGAAUGGAAGCAAAGUCAAAGCCCCUGUAAUGUGCCACAUGGACACUUCUCACUGGGACCCUGAUCACAUCGCCUUUCGUUUGAUCAAAGUCCAGCCUGGGAGAUCACCUGUCUGUCAUUUCUUCCCGGUAAAUGAUCUAACCUGGCUACCUGUACCCUGAAUUGUAUGUCUCAUGUGACAUACAAUAUCCUCAUCCUGUUCAGUUGUAUGAAAACAAGGUUAUCUUAAGAAAUGUCUUUUUCUAAU